AUGGAAAAGUCAGGAUUCACGGACGACAAGGUCCAGCCUGCGCCCAAUGCAGACUUCGACGAGUACGAUGUGAACCCUAAAGCAGAAUUCGAGCUCAACGUCGGCGGUCGCGCCGCGCUGCAGCGUCGCCUACGGAAUUACCAGGUCACCAUGAUUGGAUUCUGCAGUGGAAUCGGUACUGGUCUGUUCGUCGGAACGGGUUCUGCAUACGCCAAAGCCGGUCCCGCUGGUUUGCUGCUCGCUUACAUUAUUGUCGGAGGUGUGCUGUGGUGUGUGAUGCAGAGCAUCGCCGAACUCGCAACUCUUUUCCCUACCGCCGGAUCUUUCCCUCACUGGGCGACUCGAUUUAUUGACCCGGCUGUCGGUUUUUCGCUCGCUAUUUCAUACGGAUACUGUUAUACAAUCGCUAUCGCCUCGGAAGUGUCCGCGGCUGCGGUCAUUGUGUCAUAUUGGACGGAUAUAACGCCUGCAGUCGUGAUCACGGUCGGAUUGUUGCUGAUUCUGGCCAUCAAUUUGCUGAGUGUACGAUUCUAUGGUGAAUCAGAGGUCAUUGGAGGUGCCGUAAAGGUUCUUUGCUUCCUCGGCUUGGUGGUCGUCUCGAUCGUCAUUACUGCAGGUGGCGGUCCCAACGGCGAUGCCAUCGGCUUCCGCUACUGGAACAACCCUGGGCCGUGGACCAACUACAAUGGCAUUACAGGCCCGCCAGGCCACUUCCUUGGUUUCCUGUCCUCUUUCGUCAAUGCCUCAUUCAGUUUCAUCGGUGUCGAGUGUGUGGUCAUCACAGCAUCCGAAUCGGUUGACCCCCAUCGCGCGAUCCCCAAAGCCGCCCGCCGAGUCACCUACCGAAUUGCCUUCUUCUACAUUCUCGGUGCUUUCCUCAUCGGCCUGAUUGUGGACCCCAGAGCCUCCGGCCUGACUUCCGGCUCCGACAACGCCAACAGCUCGCCUUUCGUUAUUGCUAUUUCCAAUGCUGGUAUCAAGGCACUCCCUUCUAUUGUCAAUGCGUGCAUUCUGAUUGCCGCUUGGUCGGCCGGUAACUCUUACUGCUGGGUCGGAUCGCGCAUGAUCGUCGCCAUGACCACCGACCACCAACUCCCCCAGUUCUUCGGACGCGUCGACAAGCACGGUGUGCCAUAUGUGGCUGUCAUCACUGCUUGGCUCUUCGGUCCAUUGGCAUAUCUGAGUCUUGGCACCGGCGGUGCCGCUCAGGCCUUCACCUGGCUUCUGAACCUUAGCACUGUCGCAGGUUUGAUUGCCUGGGCCACCCUCUGCUUCUGCUACAUUCGGUUCUAUGCCGCAAUGAAGAAGCAGAAUGUUCCCCGAGACACAAUUCCAUGGAAGGCACCUCUUCAACCUUAUGCCGCAUGGGUGGGAUUCAUUGGUUCAACCAUUAUUACUUUGGUGGCCGGUUUCCCCGUGUUCUUGAAGGGUAAUUGGAACACAUCCGACUUUGUUGCUUCGUAUGUCGGUAUCCCCAUCUUUAUCGUUCCCAUCAUUUGUUGGAAGCUCUGGCACGGCACGAAGUUUGAGCGUGCUGCCAACAUCGACUUAUGGUCGGGACGUCUUCAAGAUGGGGAGAUCAUGCCACAUGAAAACCCGCACAACAGUGCGUGGAGAAAAUUCGUCGACUGGCUGUUUUAA